UGUCAAUAUUAGACAUCAGUCAACAAUGGAUAUUAUCGACAUGAAUUUCAGUUUCCUUCGAUUAUUUUUAGCAGUGGUUGUGUAGAGUGCCUCCAUUAUCAGAUUGUAAUAGGAAAUUAGUAAUGAAAAUAUCAUUACUCAUGUACUUGUUUUAGUCAAAGUUUUUAAUGUUUUACAAACCAAUAAGUAUGAUCCAAAGCUUUAAGUGCAAAAAUUAAAUACGUUGUGUAAAUAAACUGUGAUUUUUCGAAGUUUCUUUAAUUGGGAUUAUAAUGGCAAAUAACACGGAUCACAUCGCAGAAAAUACUGCAACUAUUAGUAUAAGAGGACCACCUGGAAGACCUUACAAAAUAACAAUUGAACUUCCCUUAUUUCUUUGUAUGUUGGGUAUAUCUCUGUCUGGUUCUGCCAUAAGCAAUAUUAUAUUUUUUCGUACAUGCUCUCACCUAUUAAACCAUACAGAAGAAGAGUGCAAAGGAUUUUUAUCACCGAUUAGGUCGAAUUCAACUAAAUUGUUAGAAAAUGAUGUUCAGGGAUAUGCAACAUUUGUCUUAACAGUUAAAACUGUAAUGGAGUCAAUUGGGCCUGCCAUAAUGUCAAUGUUUCUUGGAGUAUGGUCUGACACUUAUGGAAGGAAGCCCUUGAUUGUGUAUCCAAUGUUAGGUUUGGCCCUGUCUUCCAUGCUGAUCGUCGUGUAUGGCUUAAUAGAUUUGAAUCCCUGGUGGUAUAUCCUAACAGUCAUACCCUUCUCAUUUACUGGAGGUUUUGUAGUCUUGUUUACAGGUGCAUAUUGUUAUGUGAGUGAUAUUGCAACCACUGAAAAUAUGUCACUUAGAAUGGUAUUCAUUGAUGCAACAAUUUCGUUAGGAAAUGUUUUAGGAUCAUUGAUAAGCACAUACUUGAUUCUAUUGAUUGGCAAUGUCAAUCUGUUACUAGUGAGCGCCACUUUGCAUGUUUUGGCAUAUGCUUUCACAAAUGUUUAUGUAAAAGAGUCAUUAGUUGGAGCUUUAGAGGGUGGUUUUUGUAAGAUUUUAGACUGGCUGCACGUUAGAGAAAUGGUGCAUGAAUGUUUCAAAGAACGACCAAAUCAUGGAAGGAUACAAAUUCUAUUACUGAUAUUCGUGCGGUGUAUAUCAGUGUUCCUUCUUAUUGGAACACUUGGUUUGGAAUAUCUGUAUUCUAGGGAAAAGUUAAACUGGGCUUUGGACGAUUACAAUACAUACUCAGCUGUGAGUACUGCUGUACUGUUUGUUGGGAGUUUCUUCGGUAUUAUGGUCGUUCAGAAGUUACUGCAAAUAAGUGAUUUAACGUUCGCAAUCAUGUCAUUCCUUAUGGCCGGCACAGAGUUUGUUUUAAAAGCGUUUGCAGUGACGUCAUGGCAGAUGUAUUUAAGUGUCUCAAUAUCGUUCUUCAAAGACCUUUCCGGGUCGUUGAUAAGAUCAUUUGUAACAAAGACGUUUCCUGUGGAAGACAUUGCGAAAAUAUUUGCUUUGAUGUGCGCGUUAGAAGGUUUGAGUCCUAUUGUUGCACCCGUUGUUUACAACACUAUCUAUGGCCUCACUCUGACUACUUUCCCUGGAACCUUUUAUUUGUUGAGCGCCGGACUGGUUGCCGUAAACAUUGUGUUAAUAGGGUUCGUAAAGUAUUAUUCCUGGAACGGGACGACUGUUCCUCACCGAUCUUUGGUAGAAGAAGAGUAAAUAAACUUUAUUUUCUAGGCAUUAAUAAAAAAUCAUGACCUCAUUCAAGACUUUUUCGAAAAGUUAAACUUAAAAGUCAUAUUUUAAUUUGUAAGUAGUUUUGUUAUAUGCAAGUAUUAUUUUUCCAAAUAUAUAUAAUGUAUAACAUUAAAUCAGUUAUUGUGUAACAAGACUGUGAUAUUAAAUGUAAAUAAUUUGAUCAUCGAACGAUUUUAUUACAGUUUUAAAAGCAUUUGUGAUUUUAUGUGCAAACUAACAUGAGCUUUUUGACACAUUUUAAUAUUAAUUUUGUCAUAGUUUUAACUAUGUAUUUAAGUU